AUGCCUGCAAACCAGUACCACGGUAACUCAACCCCGUACCCAGGUCGUGUGGAGCGGCUUCUAAGGGAAAGGGAGCUGAGAGAGCUGAGGAGAAGCAAUAGGGCUGAGGCAAAUGGUAAUCAUAGUCACAGGGGUGGUGAAUCAAGUGAAUUACUAGACUUCCGCUUCAGACAGAAUAGUGAACCUCAGAAGAGUUCCUACAUUGAACAGUACCUGGAAGAAGCUGCUGCUGCCACAAGGCAUGAUGUCAGGCCUUUAAGUGCAGGAGGUCUUGUUACUGCUCUUCUUGGUGUGAAUGAUUUUGAGGCAAGAUGGAUAGGCUGGGCUGGUGUUAAUGUGCCUGAUGAGGUAGGACAAAAGGCACUUACAAAAGCUUUGGCUGAAAAAAGGUGCAUACCUGUAUUCCUUGACGAAGAGAUUGUCCAUCAAUAUUACAAUGGUUACUGCAACAAUAUACUGUGGCCUCUGUUUCACUAUCUUGGCCUUCCACAAGAAGAUCGCCUCGCCACAACAAGGAGCUUCCAGUCACAAUUUGCUGCAUAUAAGAAGGCCAAUCAGAUGUUUGCUGAUGAAUACAACAGUAACAUGAAAGUUGGCUGGUUUCUCCACACGCUUUUUCCUUCCUCCGAAAUCCACAGGACACUGCCUUCUAGAUCAGAGCUACUCCGUUCAGUUCUCGCUGCAGAUUUAGUAGGAUUUCAUACAUAUGACUAUGCAAGGCACUUUGUUAGUGCUUGUACCCGUAUUCUUGGACUUGAAGGGACACCUGAAGGAGUUGAGGAUCAAGGCAAGCUAACUAGGGUGGCAGCUUUUCCAAUAGGGAUAGAUUCAGAAAGGUUUAUAUCAGCGCUUAAGCUCCCUAAGGUGCAGGAGCACAUAAAAGAACUGACGGAAAGGUUUCGUGGCCGUAAGGUGAUGCUAGGGGUUGAUCGUCUCGUUAUGAUUAAGGGAAUACCACAGAAGAUACUUGCAUUUGAGAAGUUUCUUGAGGAGAACCCUCUAUGGCGUGAUAAAGUUGUUCUGCUGCAAAUUGCUGUGCCAACAAGAACUGAUGUUCCUGAAUAUCAGAAACUUACAAGUCAGGUUCAUGAAAUCGUUGGGCGCAUUAAUGGCCGAUUUGGGACACUGACUGCUGUUCCAAUACAUCACCUGGUUUGUUACUGUCAACUUAACUCAUCUUCUUUCCAUAUGUUUUCAUUAUAUGCUGUUACUGACGUAGCGAUUGUAACCUCAUUGCGAGAUGGAAUGAAUCUCAUUAGUUAUGAGUUUGUAGCAUGCCAAGAUUCAAAGAGAGGUGUUCUUAUUCUCAGCGAGUUUGCAGGUGCAGCACAAUCUCUAGGUGCCGGGGCAAUCCUUGUGAACCCUUGGAACAUUACCGAAGUUGCCGAUUCAAUUCGUCAAGCUUUGACCAUGUCUGCUGAGGAAAGAGAGAAACGACACCAUCAUAAUUUUGACCAUGUUACAACCCACACAGCUCAAGAAUGGGCAGAAAUGUUUGUGAGUGAGCUCAAUGAUACAGUGGUUGAGGCACAACUAAGGACGAGGCACGUCCCACCUGGGCUUCCACAGGGAGAUGCGAUUGAAUGUUAUCUCAACUCCCACAAUCGAUUGCUCAUACUGGGAUUCAAUGCUACAUUAACAGAGCAAGUAGAUACUCCAGGAGGAAGAGGUGACCAAAUAAAAGAGAUGGAGCUUAAACUGCACCCAGAUUUGAAGGGACCUCUGACGGCCCUAUGCAGUGAUCCAAAGACGACAAUUGUCCUCUUAAGUGGCAGCGACAGAAGGUUGUUAGAUGAGAAUUUCAGGGACUAUGAUAUGUGGCUUGCGGCAGAACAUGGGAUGUUCUUAUGUCAUACAAAGGGGGAGUGGAUGACAACCAUGCCGGAGCACCUAAACAUGGAGUGGGUUGACAGUGUAAAGCAAGUGUUUGAGUACUUCAUGGAGCGAACACUCAGAUCACAUUAUGAACUACGCGAUACAUCACUCGUGUGGAACUACAAAUAUGCAGACGUAGAAUUUGGGCGACUUCAAGCAAGGGACAUGCUGCAGCACCUCUGGACGGGCCCAUUUUCAAAUGCAUCGGUUGACGUCGUACAAGGUAGUCGAUCAGUCGAGGUUCGAGCUGUCGGUGUAACAAAGGGUUCUGCAAUCGAUCGUAUCUUGGGCGAAAUUGUUCAUAGCAAGCAAAUGACAACUCCCAUCGACUACGUCUUGUGUGUUCUGGGGAAGGAUGAAGAUGUAUACACAUUCUUCGAGCCAGAGCUUCCCUCCGAUGGCCUGGGUGUGAUGAGGACCAAGCAAACCGAUAGUACAAAGUCAUCGGCACCCGGGGAAAGACGCCCUUCAAAGCAGCUUCCAGCAAGCAAAGGAGGAGCAUCAAAAUCAUCAUCUCAUCAAAGCAACAAAACACAGCAGCAGGCUGCUGUCUUGUCUUCAGAGAAAAAGUGGGCUGCAAGUUACAUCUGCAGCAGUAGCGGGCGUAGCAGUAGUACUACUACUAGUAGUAGUUGUUGUAGUAGUAGGGCAUCAUCGUCUGAGACAAUCUCGCGGAAUGUGCUCGAUCUGAAGGGAGACAACUACUUCUCUUGUGCAGUUGGGAGAACAAGAACAAAUGCUCGGUAUACGCUUGGAUCAUCAGAUGAGGUCGUUUCCUUUCUGAAGAAACUGGCCGAUGCAUCUUCAUAA